GAUUUCAGAUUGACUUUCAACAUGAAGCAGUAAGUCCUCUGGGGAGAACAAUUGACAUCAUGAAGUGGGAAGCUUCUAUUUUCUUGCUGCUUUUUUUAAGUUUUGCUGAAUCAAAACUACUUCACACAAGUGCCUUGGAACUAGGUUCGACAUCAAAUUCUCCCCACAGCAUAACAGAAGCAAACUUGCGUGACCUUGCCACCAUAUUCUUUGUCCAGUUCAUUCCAGAAGCCACUUAUGAGGAAGUAGACAAACUAGUUAAAGAUUUCUUGGCUGAUUUUGAGAAACUUGGAGCUAAAGAGAAGUCAAAAGAAUGUUUAGAAAAGCAGCUGUCUGCUUUGUUGGAAGAAAUCUGUCACGACAAAGACAUCUCAGACAAGCACGGGCUUGCUGACUGCUGCAGUGUGGUCGGAAGCGACAGAUUAGGGUGUUUGCUGGCUCACAAAAGGAGGGGCAGCGCAGCCUCCAUCCCAGAAUUCCAAGUUCCAGAAGCUGUCCACAGCUGCAAAGCACAUGGAGAGAAUCCGGCAACUUUCAUGAACAGAUAUAUCUAUGAAAUAACCAGAAGGCACCCUUUCCUCUAUGCACCCACCAUUCUUUCUUUGGCCGCCCGAUAUGACAAGAUAAUUUCCACUUGUUGCCAAGCUGAAAAUGCAGUUGAAUGCUUCCAUAACCAGGCAGCACCAGUCACCAAAGACUUAAGAGAAAAAAGUUUGAUCAGCCAACACGUAUGCGAUGUUCUGAGGAAGUUUGGAGAACGGUCUUUUAAAGCCAUACUACUUACUAAGAUUAGUCAAAAGUUCCCCAAGGCUAACUUUACUGUCAUUCGGGAUCUGGUGUUGGAUGGUGCCCAUGCCCACAUAGAAUGUUGCAAAGGCAAUGUACUGGAGUGUCUGCAGGACAGGAAUGAGAUUAUGUCCUACAUCUGUUCCCAACAAGAUGUCUUAUCAAGUAAAAUCCAAGAGUGCUGUUCAUUGCCCUUACGAGAUCAGGGUGAUUGUAUAGUCAAUGCAGAAAAUGAUGACCAACCAGAAGGUUUAUCUCCUGACCUGAGAAGAUUUUUAGGAGAAAGAAAAUUCAACCUCUAUUCUUCAGAAGAAAAAGAUCUCUUCCUGGCAAGAUUUGUGUAUGAAUACUCAAGACGUCACCAGGAUCUUGCUGUCCCUGUGAUUUUGAGGGUUGCGAAAGGAUACCAGGAGGCUUUGGAAAAAUGCUCCAAAACAGAGAACCCAUCGGAGUGUCAGGACAAAGAGGAAGAAGAAUUAGAGAGACAUGUUCAGGAUAGCCAAGCGUUGGCCAAGCGGAGCUGUGGUCUCUUCCAGAAAUUAGGAGAAUAUCACUUGCAAAAUGUAUUUCUUGUUGCUUACACCAAGAAAGCUCCUCAGCUGAUCUCUCAAGAGCUGAUUUCCUUCACCAAGAAAAUGGCAGCCACUGCAUCUUUAUGCUGCCAGCUCAGUGAGGAUAAACAACUGGCCUGUGGAGAGGGUGCAGCUGACCUUAUUAUUGGGCAGUUAUGUGCAAGGCAUGAAGCCCAACCUAUAAAUGAUGGUGUGGGUCAUUGCUGUGAUUCUUCCUAUGCUAAUAGGAGACCUUGUUUCAGCAACUUUGUGAGGGAUGAAAAAUAUGUUCCUCCUCCAUUCUCUCAUGACCAAUUCAAUUUCCGUCAAGAUCUUUGCCAUGCUCAAGGGGAAGAGCUACAGAAGAAGAAGCAAGAGUUUCUGAUUAAUCUUGUCAAGCAAAAGCCACACAUAACAGAGGAACAACUGAAAGCCGUCACUACAGAUUUCACAGGCCUAUUGGAGAAUUGUUGCAAAGGAAAACAACAGGAAGCCUGUUUUGCAGAAGAGGGUCCAAAAUUGAUCGCAAAAACCCAAGAGGCUCUGGGAGUUUAAGCUAUUUCAGGAGGAAGAGAUAAAGAUAAAAUGAAGUCAUUAUGGUGUGCUAUUUCUCUUCCCCCCCUCUCUGUCUUGCUUAUAGUCAUGAUUAUUUUAGUAAUAUUUCCAUAUUGUCAGAUGAAGAAACAAAGAUUUUUUUCUCUGAUGUUUCUGAAUGGAAAUAAAACAUUUCUAAAUUCCUCUCUUCUACUUUGUUGUUGUUCAUUUGUUUCAGUUGUGUCUGGCUUUUUAUGAUCCCAUUUGGAGUUUUAUUGGCAAAGAUACUAGAGUUGUUUGCCAUUGCCUUCUUUAGCUCAUUUUACAGAUCAGGAAUAGAGGCAAAGAGAGUUAAAUGACUUGGCCAGGAUCACCUAGCCUACUUCAAAACAAACAACCAAACAACCUUCGUAUUUGCUUGGAGACAAUUUUUUUACCUUGGGAUUAGUAUGCUCUUUUAGGAUAAAAGUGACAGGAUGGCAUUGAACUAUCCAUCAGGUCAGUAUUAGAAUUCACGAAUUAUUCACAACAGAGGUAGCUAGUUCUAGCAACACAGUAAGGUUAGGGAGUGACUGGAGCUGUAGUUUCUUUGGCAGGGACCUCUGAGUGAGGAAACACCUUCCCAAAUCAGGUUGGCACCUUUUAUGUGGAAGUUUGAAAUGGAACAGUGAUAAAAUUACACAGAGGCUAAUCUGGGUGUGAAACAGACGGAAGAUUAUCAAUCUGAAGAGACUCACGUGGUACUGAAUAGAGUGUGAGGUCAAGAAGACAUGGGUUUAAAUCUUGCCUCUGAUUUUUACUAGCUAUACUACCUGGACAAAUCACC